AUGGCGAGCGCCAACGGUGCGUUUCGGCGUUUCUUCUCCCUCAAAGCUUGCGCUUGCACUAGCAAGAGCAGCUUGGCUGGGAGUCAAAAUUUUCUCCCGGCGUCGGCCUCACCCCCAGUGAUUGGACGGAGGGCGGUACCUCACAGGCUCAUCCUGGACGCCUCACGGGUGAAGCCCAACCGUAAAAGAUACUCCUUUUGUGGAUCCCGACAUUACGGUUACGGCGCUGCGGUCGCACCCAUCUCGGCCAUCUCAGACACUGGAACCUCGGACGUCGGCUCAAUGGAGCGAACCUGCCUGCCAUUGGCAGAUGAAUUGCCACGUCCGUCGGCCGUCGGUAGGGCCAAGCUGUCCUGCAACGAGAACACUACAGCGUCCCUCGGAGCGCUGCCAGUGCAAGUGCACGCCAGCCAGGUUUCUGGGUGCUGCCGGGAUCUCACGUAA